UGAAAUGCGCAUGUCAAGCGGUUUUUCGGUGUUGAUAAACAAAGAAAUUUGAUCAAACGGGUGCUCAGGUUGUUUAUUAACCGUCGGCAUCGAUUGUCGGCGUCUCGUCGGCACGCAGUUAGAAACAAUUUCGGGACGGUGAUAUAAGAUUGACAGCUACAACGGAGUGUCAAAACCAAAACGACAACGUCGAACGUGACGUUGAGGUUAUGGACAACUUCGUCAAGAUCGAAAAAAUUGGGGAAGGAACUUAUGGGGUGGUUUACAAAGCGAAAGAUAAGUUAACUGGAAAACUAGUGGCACUUAAAAAAAUUCGUCUUGAAACGGAAAGUGAGGGUGUUCCAUCCACUGCUAUUCGAGAAAUAUCAUUAUUAAGGGAACUUACACAUCCAAAUAUUGUACAGUUAUUUGAUGUAGUAGAUGGUGACAAUCACCUCUAUCUUGUUUUCGAAUUCUUACAACAAGAUUUGAAAAAAUUAUUAGAUUCUGUUAAAGGAGGAUUAGAUCAAGCUCUUGUAAAGGUAUUGCUCUCAAACGUUAAGACUGAAAAUAGAUGUGUGAAUUGUUCAAAGACUAGUCUAUUAUGUUUACAGAGCUAUCUAUAUCAAUUAUUGAAAGCAAUUUCGUUCUGCCAUCUUCGUUGCAUUUUACACAGAGAUCUAAAACCACAGAAUCUGUUAAUAGAUCGGGAGGGUCAUAUAAAAUUGGCAGAUUUUGGUUUAGCCAGAACAUUUGGUGUUCCUGUUCGUACAUACACACAUGAAAUAGUAACAUUAUGGUAUAGAGCACCAGAAAUACUUUUAGGAACCAAAUUUUAUUCUAAUGCUGUGGAUGUUUGGAGUCUUGGUUGUAUAUUUGCAGAGAUGGCAACCAGAAGAGCUUUGUUCCCAGGUGAUUCAGAAAUAGAUCAACUCUUUAGGAUAUUUCGUACAUUAGGUACACCCGAUGAGAGCAUUUGGCCAGGAGUGUCACAACUACGUGAUUACACGUCAAUGUUUCCAAGGUGGGAACCCCGAUGUUUAGAUGAAGUUGUACCUUCCUUUGAUUCUGAUGCCAAAGACUUACUUUUGAAACUCCUGACUUAUGAUCCCAGUCAAAGGAUAACAGCAAAAAAAGGAUUAAGUCAUCCCUAUUUUAAUGGAGUUACGUUAGUUCCACCACCACUGCCAAAGAAAAACUGAUGUAGAUCAACAGGGUAAGUCACAAGAUAUGUCCUUUGAAGUAUUUCUGUUUUGAAUAGUAUAAAAAAACUGAAAAUACAAACAUUGUAAUCAUUUCUUGAAUCACAUACAGUUACAAUGGUUUACUUGUAAAUGUAAGUGUGAAGAAUACUUCAAGAUACUUUUCGAUUACUUUUUCUCAAAAUUCAGUAUUUAUUUAUAUAUUUAAAUUUUAUUAUAACAGAAUAAUUAUUUUAAUUAAAAAAAUUAAAUUAAUUGUGAAGUGUUCAUCAUAUUUACAUUUUCAAUGGAUGCAGUGUAACUUAUUACAACAUAUAAAUUCUUUGAGCUCAUAAAACUUAACACAGUGGGUAUUCUCUUAUUCUGUAACAAAAGCAGAAAUAUUUCAGGUGAACAGAAUUCGUGACUUACUCUGUAUUGUUCUUUAAUUUAUCUUGUUUCAUAGUACUUUUUUCACAACAGCACAAAACUGCCAAUAAUAUAAUUAUUACAGUCAAAUAUUUUUGGAAUCUCUUAGUAAAACGUACUUCCAAUUUUAACACAUUGAAAAUGUAUAUGCAAUAAAGAUAUAUUUUGCUAUGUA